CAAUUUUACUACACGCUCUGGCGUUUAUUACAUUCUGUAGUUGUCAGUGUGUGUACUAGAGUUUUUAUAAAGCCAUGAAUCGACCGUUUUGUGCUAGUAAUAAACAGCUUGAACGAAAAUGGCAAGAUAUGGCUUAUCAAAGACACAGAGAAAAGUUGAAAGCAAUUAAGCCACGAAUUUGUCAAGAAUUGGAGAAAAAUAAACAAGAGGAGACUUAUCGAGUACAAAGAAGAUUGAGAAGAGUCAUGGGAGAGGAACGACGUCAAGAGAUGAUUGCAAAACAAAAUCAUGAGCUUCUUUUGAGAAUAUUGAAUAUCAUGGCUUCACCAAGUCGCAUUGACACUUGGAAUGUUUCCUAUAUGAAUAAUACAAAUGCACGACGAGAGAGACAAAUGAGAGAGGCUGGCAAAAAGAUCGUCAGGGAAGAGAAACAUGAGAAACAGCAAGACGUGGACAAAGAGACUAAAGAGAGAAAACCUGAUGAACAAGACGAUAAAAACCAGAAAGAAGAAAAGAACACGACCUUACCACCAAUAAACUGAUAACAACUUCGGGCCCUUUUCUAUCCAACUCCAUUCCUACAUGAAGAAAUUUUGGGACGCAUCUAUAUAUAUUUUUUAAAUUGAAUUAAAAUAAUAAUGUAUAUAUAUUGUA